CUUCCGGGCUUGUGUGUGGCGCUGUUCUCCUGACCGUCUCAGUAGGAAACAUGGCGGCCGUCAGUAAGUACUUGACAGCGAAGAACUCCGCUGUAGCUGGCGGUGUCCUACUCGUUUUAUACUUCCUAAAGCAGAGACGAAGAUCCGCUGGACUUAACAGGAAGAAGGGUUCUCCCAAUGAUCUGAACAGUGAGAAAGAUGGCAAGAAAGAGAGAGCCGCUGUGGACAAGCUUUUUUUCAUCCGGAUUGCACGGAUCCUCGGGAUUAUGGUGCCGAGAUUGUUGUGUAAAGAGACAUGGUACCUGUUCCUGAUCGCAGUGAUGCUUGUGACUCGGACCUAUUGCGACGUCUGGAUGAUUCAGAACGGCACUAUGAUUGAAAGUGCGAUCAUUGGUCGAUCCACUGAAGGUUUCAAGAAGUACUUAUUCAACUUUAUCACGGCCAUGCCAAUUAUUGCCUUGGUGAACAACUUCCUGAAGUUGGGCUUGAAUGAACUGAAGCUGUGCUUUCGCGUGAGACUUACCAAACAUCUCUACGAUGAGUACCUGAAGGGAUAUACAUACUACAAAAUGGGAAACCUGGAUAACCGCAUUGCUAAUGCUGAUCAGCUGCUGACGCAGGAUGUGGAAAGGUUCUGUAACAGUGUUGUGGAGCUUUACUCCAACCUCAGCAAGCCACUGUUGGAUAUCGGCUUGUACAUAUUCAAAUUGACAACAGCAAUCGGAGCUCAGGGUCCCGCGUCUAUGAUGGCUUACCUACUCAUCUCCGGCCUCUUCCUGACCCGUCUGCGCAGGCCGAUCGGGAAGAUGACAGUGACCGAACAGAAGUACGAAGGAGAAUACCGAUACGUCAACUCUCGUCUCAUCACAAACAGUGAGGAGAUUGCCUUCUACAAUGGAAAUGUCAGGGAGAAACAGACCAUUCAUUCAACCUUCAAGAAACUGGUCGAUCAUCUGCACAAUUUCAUCUUUUUCCGUUUCUCCAUGGGUAUGGUGGACAGCAUUAUCGCCAAGUAUUUUGCGACCGUUGUUGGGUAUUUAGUGGUGAGUCGUCCAUUCCUUGAUUUGUCUCACCCUCGACACCUGAGCAGCUCCCAUGCUGAACUGCUGGAGGACUACUACCAGAGUGGCCGUAUGCUGCUGCGUAUGUCGCAGGCGUUGGGCAGAAUCGUCCUUGCAGGCAGAGAAAUGACACGUCUGUCAGGCUUCACCGCUCGCAUCACUGAGCUCAUGAGGGUCCUGAAAGAGCUGAAUUCUGGGAAAUAUGAACGCACCAUGGUGUCUCAUUCAGAGAAAGACACUUCAGAAAAGCUCACACUGAUCCCUGGAAGUGGAAGAAUCAUCAACGUAGACCAUAUCAUCAAGUUCGAACACACACCCCUGGCUACUCCUAAUGGAGACAUUCUGAUCAGAGAUCUGAGCUUUGAGGUGAAAUCCGGAGCCAAUGUUUUGGUGUGUGGUCCCAAUGGGUGUGGAAAGAGUUCACUUUUCCGGGUUCUUGGAGAGUUGUGGCCACUGUUCGGUGGGAGUUUGACGAAACCAGAGAGGGGGAAGCUCUUCUACGUCCCUCAGAGGCCUUACAUGACCCUUGGCACACUAAGGGAUCAGGUGAUCUACCCAGACACCCAUGAGGACCAAAAGAAGAAAGGCAUCUCUGACCAGGUGCUGAAGGAGUACCUGGAUAAUGUCCAGUUAGGACACAUUUUGGAGAGAGAGGGAUCAUGGGACAUGGUUCAGGACUGGAUGGAUGUGCUCAGUGGAGGAGAGAAGCAGAGAAUGGCGAUGGCUAGGCUCUUCUACCAUAAGCCCCAGUUUGCCAUCCUGGAUGAGUGCACCAGUGCCGUGAGCGUAGACGUGGAGGAUUUCAUCUACAGUCACUGCAGAAAGGUUGGCAUCACCCUUUUCACAGUCUCACACAGAAAGUCCCUGUGGAAGCAUCAUGAGCACUACCUCCAUAUGGACGGCAGAGGAAACUAUGAAUUCAAACUCAUCACCCCUGAAACUGUGGAGUUUGGCUCUUAAAGAGGAGCGACAGCACUAUACUAUCAGCGGCCCUAGUUAGGGGCCCUAGCUAUUUACUUCUGAAGGAGUCACAUGCCAACCUAAUCUAGGAGUUUGUUUUUAAUCAUCAAUAACCUUUAUGGGAUGAAAAUGUGUUUAGAAAUGUAUUAACACUACUUUUGUCCUCAACGAUUGUACAUAAUUUUGUAAUUUAAGCAGUCCAAUUUAAAGGACAUCCGUUAAGUACGCAUGGGAACGUAUAGCAAGGAAAUACGUCUUGUGUCUGUGCACUAAAUUGUUUAAUAAAUGAAAUGUGUCUGUAUAGGGUCAAACAAAUCAAUGCCAGCGGACUGAACCGAACGUUUAAUAUGUUAGAAGCAGGAUAAUGAACUAUUAUUGCCUUCUCAUCAGCUAAACUUUCAUUAUGAAUUCUUUAAGCUACUAAGUGGCCUUAGUGUUCACUGCAGCAUGGUUGGGCGUUUUGGAUGUGUGCGAGUUGCUUUUUGGUGCACUUUACCUGGCAUGGUGAUUUGAAAAUGCAGGAAUCCGUGUGAAGAACAACUGUUCGAUGAGAGGUUACCUAUGCACUUGUUUACGCCAGCUUUGUUGGCAUUUCUUGAUGUGAAAGGAAUCUUUCUCUGCAGAACGGUUGUACGUAAGAACUGUAAGAAACGUCAUUGUCGUAGCACUUCACGCAUCAAGCAAAUGAACCACUUUGCUGUAUGUUUUCAUUAAAAAAGAUUGAUACUA